AGGCCUCUCAAGUGGCCAUAGAUUUUUGUUGAAUUCCACGAUUACAGAAAUUUUGGAUCUGGACGAACAGAUACAGCGAAGUUCAUCACGGCUGGCCCACUUUAUCGCUCUGCAGUCUUCGUCUCUGGUCUUAUCGUUGUCAGCCGAACACCUUACUCAAAACUAACUAAACUGUCCGAUGAUAACUGCCUACGCAUUCACAAAUUCGCACUGUCGGUUUGCAGUAAUAACCCCGACGACUAACCGCCGCUUGACCAUUCGUCUGCCCACGCUGAAGCGGAUCGGUUCGUUCCCUUUCAAGCUGCAGACAGGCUCAUCCGGAUCCAAGUCCAGCAAGUGCGAAUCUAACAAGUGACCGCUAAUUAAUCAUCCACAACGUGUAAUUCAAGUCAAAACUCCCACUAGUAUUAGCCAAUUCAAAAGUGCUUUCCAGAUCUUGUCAGCAUGUGCGAUAAUGAAGAUGAUCUUUACAGGGAGCGCCUGCCUAAUGUAUGCGGUGCAGUGGGCUCCAAGGCCCGGAGCUGCUGCAGCAUGCGAUCUGUCCACAGAUACCUGCCUGUUACCGACUGGCUUCCCAAAUACCAGUGGAACUUCCUGGCUAUGGAUCUAGUGGCGGGACUCACAGUGGGCCUUACGGCGGUGCCACAAGCUAUAGCUUACGGAGCUGUUGCCAAUCUGCCACCAGCCUAUGGACUCUAUUCAGCUUUUAUGGGUGGAUUUGUAUAUAUAUUCCUAGGAACCUGCAAAGACAUCACGGUGGGACCUACGGCCAUCAUGGCACUAAUGGUGCGGCCAUAUGUGGAUGGCAAUCCAGCAUAUGCGGUGCUCCUGUGCUUCCUGUCAGGCUGCAUUAUCUUUAUAAUGGGUUUGCUCAAUCUCGGAGUGCUCAUGCGGUUUAUAUCGGUGCCGGUGACGACAGGUUUUACCAUGGCAGCCGCCAUAACCAUAGCCACCGGACAGGUGAACAGCUUGUUUGGCAUUAGCAGUAGUGCCAAUGGGUUCCUAGACUGCUGGAUACACUUCUUCGGCCACAUAACUCAAAUACGUCGAAAUGAUGCCAUCAUGGGUUGCUGCACACUGAUUAUCCUGCUGCUCAUGAGGCAACUCAAAGACCUGCCGUUUGGCAUAAAGAGCGUGUGGAAGUAUAUUUCAUUAGCUCGCAAUGCUGUGGCCGUGCUAAUAGGAAUCCUGCUGUGCUAUCUCUUGAAAAAAGACGGCAAACUGCCCUUUCUAGUCAGUGGCAGCAUCACGCCUGGCUUGCCGCCUUUUAAGCCGCCUCCGUUUUACACAGAAAACUCGGAAACGGGAGAAAUCACGAACUUUGGUGGCAUGAUUUCGAAAAUGGGAUCUGCCUUGAUUUCCAUACCCUUGCUGUCUAUAUUGGAAAGCAUAGCUGUGGCCAAGGCUUUCUCCAAAGGAAAGAUAGUGGACGCAUCGCAGGAGAUGAUUGCCCUGGGAAUCAGCAAUGUCCUUAGCAGCUUCUUCUCUUCCAUGCCCAUCACUGGAUCCUUUACAAGGACAGCUAUCAAUAAUGCCAGUGGAGUGAAGACCCCGCUGGGUGGAGCUGUUACCGGCGCUAUUGUAAUCAUGACCUUGGCCUUCCUUACCUCCACGUUUGCCUACAUUCCGAAGGCGACAUUGGCAGCUAUUAUCAUAGCAGCAAUGUUCUUUAUGGUGGAGUACGAGACCAUUGGCGAGAUUUGGCGGGCAAAAAAACGUGAUAUGCUGCCUUUUCUGGUCACCGUUCUGACUUGCGUCUUCUGGACUUUGGAGUAUGGAAUGGUGGUGGGCAUUGUCUUUAACGCGCUUUUCCUGCUCUACAAGAGCAUGAAGCCACAGUUUAAUUUGGAAACCCAGAAGUUCAAUGGAAUCGAGGUGACUGUGGCCGAUCUGAAGGGCAGCGUGGAUUACGCGGCAGCAGAAUACUUGAAGUUGUCAAUUGUGUCGCACGUGACGAGUAGGAAUAGCGAGGGAAAUGGCUCCACAACAUUGGUGGUCAUUAAGGGGCACGAGAUCGCCUCAAUUGAUACGACCGUGGCAUUGAACCUCAAAUCACUGCGCGAAGAUCUAGCCCUAUUGCAGUGCGACCUGAUCUGCUGGAACUGGAGUAUUCCAGCGGCGGGAGUGAUUUGCCGGAUGGAUAGGAAGCUGCGCAGUAUGUUUAAGUUCUCGAAAAGCUUUCCGGACCUAAUGCAAACAAUUGCGGACUGCGAGGCAGCCGUUUCAUGUAUUGCUGUUGACUUGAGUCAAUAAAGAGCACUCUUUUGU